AUGGCUCAAACCAAAGUACUAUUCACCGGAGCCACCGGCUACAUCGGAGGCUCGGUCCUCACAGCUCUCACAACCUCCCAAAAUCCAGCCAUUAAGAACGGCACCAAGGUCACCGCUCUGAUCCGCAAACAAGAGCAAGCGCAGGUCCUUGACAGGGCGGGUAUCAAUGCUCUGCUAUUCAACGGUUUGGACGAUGUUGCGCAAAUGGAGCGCUUGGCGAGGGAUCAUGUGGUGAUUCAUACCGCGUCGACUCUGCAUACGGAGACAAUUGAAGCGAUGAUUGCGGGCUUGGGUGCUAGGAAGAAAGAUACCGGAAGAGAAAUCUUCUUCAUCCAUCUACUUCAAAACCCGCCAGUCAACCGAAAACCUCCCCGUCCGCCGCAGCGACGUCGCCGUCAUCGAAAAAAGCCUUACCCUAAACGUCCCCACAUACAUCCUCAUGAGGAGGUGGGGUCUAUUUCGUUGGAGGAUGCGGCUGGGAAGUGGUUGGGUGGGAAUACGGUGUUUACGGAGACUGUGUUUGCUUCGAAGUGA